AUGUUCCGUAACCAAUACGACAGCGAUGUCACAGUAUGGAGUCCUCAAGGACGUCUCCAUCAGGUAGAAUAUGCUAUGGAAGCUGUUAAAUUAGGAUCGGCCACUGUUGCUUUAAAAAGCAAGCAAUUUGCAGUAUUGAUUGCGCUCAAGCGGGCUGUAAGUGAAUUAUCUGCAUACCAGAAAAAGAUUAUACCAAUUGAUGAGCAUAUUGGCAUUUCUAUCUCGGGUUUGACUGCUGACGCUAGAAUGUUAAGCCGUUUUAUGCGUACUGAGUGCUUGAACCAUCGGUAUGCUCAUGAUUCACCUAUGCCCGUUGGACGUCUCAUUGGACUAGUUGGUAAUAAGAUGCAAAUCUGUACUCAAAGAUAUGAUAAAAGACCACUUGGUGUUGGACUAUUGGUGGCUGGUUAUGAUGAUCAAGGACCUCAUAUUUAUCAAACAUGUCCAUCAGCCAACUUCUUUGAUUGCCGGGCAAUGGCAAUUGGUGCUAGAUCUCAAUCUGCUAGAACUUAUCUGGAGAAGCAUCUUACUACUUUCCAAGAUUGUGAUCUCAAUGAUUUAGUUGCACAUGGUCUCCGAGCCUUGAGGGAUACAUUGCCUAAUGAAGUCGAUCUUAACACCAAGAACGUCUCUAUCGCCGUUGUUGGUCCAAAAACGCCACUACAUGUAUGUGAAGAAGCCGAACUAACCAGAUAUUUGGGUUUGGUCGAAGGUGAAGAGAGACGAGGUGGCACAGCUACAGGAGAUGCUGGUCCGGCAGAUGCGGGGGACGAAAGAGAUGCCCCUCAGGUGAGA